GCUUGCCGGGGGCGCGCGGAGCGGGGACGGUGACAGAGACGCGCGCGUGUGCGCGCUCGGCUUCUGCGCGUCUCCGCGACCCUCGUCGGCCGCUUAGAGGCGGGCGGGGUUGGGGUCGCUGCCGUCUAGGGGCCUUGUACCCAGACGCCUUCUACCCGACUCCCGGGUACCGAGCCGCGCCCGCACCGUCGGUCCUGCCUCUCGUCCCCUCCUUGUGGUCGUCAGGGCACCCCCCGACGUCCCUGUCCUCUCUCGGGCAGAGUUUUCGCGGCCCAUGAGCCCUGCUGGGGGCCCGCGCCGCCGAUCCAGCUCCCAGAUCCGCCAGCCAGCCACCAUGGUGGCCUUGAGGCCUGUACGGCCCCUCCAGGGGGGUUAACCGGUCUAGAGCGUAGGCUGCGGGGGCACAGAGGUCCCGGGCCUGAGUCCCGCAUCAUGGCUGGGGCCAUCGCUUCCCGCAUGAGCUUCAGCUCGCUCAAGAGGAAGCAGCCCAAGACGUUCACCGUGCGGAUCGUCACCAUGGACGCGGAGAUGGAGUUCAACUGCGAGAUGAAGUGGAAAGGGAAGGACCUGUUUGAUUUGGUGUGUCGGACCCUGGGGCUCCGGGAGACCUGGUUCUUUGGACUGCAGUACACAAUCAAAGACACUGUGGCCUGGCUCAAAAUGGACAAGAAGGUGCUGGAUCAUGACGUAUCAAAGGAAGAACCAGUCACCUUUCACUUCCUGGCCAAAUUCUAUCCUGAGAAUGCUGAGGAGGAGCUGGUUCAGGAGAUCACCCAACACUUAUUCUUCUUGCAGGUAAAGAAGCAGAUUUUAGAUGAAAAGAUCUACUGCCCUCCGGAGGCUUCCGUGCUCCUAGCUUCUUACGCUGUCCAGGCCAAGUAUGGUGACUACGACCCCUCGGUUCACAAGCGGGGAUUUUUGGCCCAGGAGGAAUUGCUGCCAAAAAGGGUAAUAAAUCUGUAUCAGAUGACUCCAGAAAUGUGGGAGGAGAGAAUUACCGCGUGGUACGCAGAGCACCGAGGCCGGGCCAGGGAUGAAGCAGAAAUGGAAUAUUUGAAGAUCGCUCAGGACCUAGAGAUGUACGGUGUGAACUACUUUGCAAUCCGGAAUAAAAAGGGCACAGAGCUACUUCUUGGAGUGGAUGCUCUAGGGCUUCACAUCUAUGACCCCGAGAACAGGCUGACCCCCAAAAUCUCCUUCCCGUGGAAUGAAAUCCGAAACAUCUCCUACAGCGACAAGGAGUUUACUAUUAAACCAUUGGAUAAAAAAAUCGAUGUCUUCAAAUUUAACUCCUCAAAGCUUCGUGUUAAUAAGCUGAUUCUCCAGCUGUGUAUCGGGAACCAUGAUCUCUUUAUGAGGAGAAGGAAGGCUGAUUCUUUGGAAGUUCAGCAGAUGAAAGCCCAGGCCAGGGAGGAGAAGGCUAGAAAGCAGAUGGAGCGGCAGCGACUCGCUCGCGAGAAACAAAUGAGAGAGGAGGCUGAACGAACGAGAGACGAAUUAGAGAGGAGGCUUCUGCAAAUGAAAGAAGAGGCGACCAUGGCCAACGAAGCACUGAUGCGGUCUGAGGAGACGGCUGACCUGUUGGCAGAAAAGGCGCAGAUCACUGAAGAGGAGGCAAAACUCCUGGCACAGAAGGCUGCCGAGGCCGAGCAGGAAAUGCAGCGCAUCAAGGCCACGGCCAUUCGGACAGAGGAGGAGAAGCGUCUGAUGGAGCAGAAGGUUCUGGAGGCGGAGGUGCUGGCACUGAAGAUGGCUGAGGAGUCCGAGAGGAGGGCAAAGGAGGCAGAUCAGCUGAAACAGGACCUACAGGAGGCCCGAGAGGCAGAGCGGAGAGCCAAGCAGAAACUCCUAGAAAUCACCACCAAGCCCACGUACCCGCCCAUGAACCCAAUUCCAGCACCACUGCCGCCUGACAUGCCAAGCUUCAACUUCAUUGGCGACAGCCUGUCUUUUGACUUCAAGGAUACUGACAUGAAGCGGCUCUCCAUGGAAAUAGAGAAGGAAAAAGUGGAGUAUAUGGAGAAGAGCAAGCAUCUUCAGGAGCAGCUGAAUGAACUCAAGACGGAGAUCGAGGCCUUGAAACUGAAGGAAAGGGAGACGGCGCUGGACAUCUUGCACAACGAGAACGCCGACAGGGGCGGCUCCAGCAGCAAGCACAACACCAUCAAAAAGCUCACCUUGCAGAGCGCCAAGUCCCGAGUGGCCUUCUUUGAAGAGCUUUAGCAGGUGACCCUCCUCAGGACCUGCCACCGUUGCUCCUGGCACCAGCGGGACGGGUCAGACGCUGUGGGGACCCACCCUAGGUGGGCUGGCUGGCAGCUUCCGUGGAAGCUCCAGAACUUUCCCCAGCUGAGCGCAGAGCCCAACCCACUUCAUGUGCAAUUGCCUUGAACUAUGACCCUGCAGAGACUUCCCUCUCAGGGCUCUAGUUCUCCUGACCCGAGUCUUUUCACUUUUUUAAAGAAGUAUUUGUCUU